AUGACCAUCACACACAUGCUGACAAGAGACCAAGCCAAAACCCCGCUGCAUGAAGCCAUAGUGUCAGGAAACGAGCCCGUGUUCAAACAGCUCCUACAGUGCAAACAGUUAGACCUGGAGCUGAUGGACCACGAGGGCAGCACGGCCCUCUGGCUGGCUCUGCAGUACAUCACCUUGGCCUCCGACCCCAACGUCAACCCCUUCGACGACAACGCACCCGUGGUCAACGGCACCACGUUUGACGAGAACAGCUUCGCCGCCCAGCUCAUCCAGAGAGGCAGCAAUCCAGACGCACCAGACUCCACCACAGGUAACUGUCUGAUGCAGAGGGCAGCGCUGGCCUCCAACGAGGCUGCUGCUCUCUUCCUGGCCACCCACGGAGCAAAGGUCAACCACACCAGUAAAUGGGGAGAGACGCCGCUCCACACGGCGUGCCGCUGUGGUCUGGCGGAACUGACGGCCGAGUUGCUUCAGCAGGGGGCCAACCCCAACCUGCAGACGGAGAGCGCCGUGCCCGAGGCUGGAGGAGGGGGAGGAGAGCGCGCCCAGGGCGUGUACCUCCAGAGCCCCCUACACAUGGCCAUCGCACACAACCACCCCGACGUGGUCUCCGUCAUCCUAGAACAAAAAGCUAACGCACUCCAUGCCACAAACAACCUGCAGAUCAUUCCAGACUUCAGCCUCAAGGACUCCAUGGAUCAGACCGUGUUGGGUCUCGCCCUUUGGACAGGCAUGCACACUAUUGCGGCCCAGCUGCUGGGGUCGGGGGCGGCCAUCAACGACCCCAUGUCAGACGGCCAGACCCUGCUGCACAUGGCCAUCCAGAGGCAGGACAGCAAGAGCGCCCUCUUCCUGCUCGAGCACCAGGCCGACAUCAACGUCAGGACCAAGGAUGGGCAGACGGCUCUGCAGUUGGCCAUCAGCAACCAACUCCCCCUGGUGGUGGACGCGCUGUGUACGCGCGGGGCCGACAUGUCCGUGGCGGAUGACAAGGGCAACCCUCCGCUGUGGCUGGCCCUGGAGAGCAAUCUGGAGGACAUCGCCUCAACACUGGUCCGGCAUGGCUGUGAUGCGACCGCCUGGAGCCCUGGGCCCGGAGGGUGCCAACAGACUCUCCUCCACCGUGCUAUAGAUGAGAACAACGAGGUCACCGCCUGCUUUCUCAUUCGCAGUGGUUGUGACGUGAACAGCCCCCGGCAGCCAGGCCCCAGUGGGGAGGGGGACGAGGAGGCUCGGGACGGCCAGAGCCCGCUGCACCUGGCGGGGUCAUGGGGCCUGGAGGAGGUGGUUCAGUGCCUUCUGGAGUUUGGAGCCAACGUCAACGCACAGGAUGCAGAGGGUCGGGCCCCCAUCCACGUGGCCAUCAGCAACCAGCAUGCCGUCAUCAUCCAGCUGCUCAUCUCGCACCCCGAGAUCCGGCUCAACGUGCGUGACCGGCAGGGCAUGACUCCCUUCGCCUGCGCCAUGACGCACAAGAACAACAAGGCCGCCGAGGCCAUCCUCAAACGAGAGGCAGGGGCUGCUGAACAGUUGGACAACAAGGGGCGUAACUUCCUGCACGUGGCGGUGCAGAACUCUGAUAUUGAGAGCGUGCUGUUCCUCAUCAGUGUGCAGGCCAACGUCAACUCCCGCGUGCAGGACGCCGCCAAGCUCACCCCGCUCCACCUGGCCGUGCAGGCCGGCUCCGAGAUCAUCGUACGCAACCUGCUCCUGGCGGGGGCCAAGGUGAACGAGCUGACCAAACACCGUCAGACGGCGCUGCAUCUGGCUGCGCAGCAGGACCUGGCCACCAUCUGCUCCGUGCUGCUGGAGAACGGGGUCGACUUCGCCGCCGUCGACGAGAACGGAAACAAUGCUCUCCACUUGGCUGUGAUGCAUGGUCGCCUGAGCAAUGUGCGAGCGCUCCUCACGGAAUCCAACAUCGAUGCUGAGGCCUACAAUCUCAGGGGUCAGUCCCCUAUGCAUGUGCUGGGCCAAUAUGGGAAGGAGAACGCUGCUGCCAUAUUUGAGCUCUUCUUGGAGUGCAUGCCAGAGUACCCCCUGGACAAACCUGACAAUGAAGGGAACACAGUCAUCCUGCUAGCCUAUAUGAAAGGAAACGCCAACUUGUGCCGUGCCAUUGUGAGGUCUGGCGCUCGCCUGGGCGUCAACAACAACCAGGGCACCAACAUCUUCAACUACCAGGUGGCCACCAAACAGCUGCUCUUCCGCCUGCUAGAUAUGCUAUCCAAAGAGCCUCCAUGGUGUGACGGGUCAAACUGCUACGAGUGUGCAGCCAAGUUUGGUGUUACCACAAGGAAACAUCAUUGCCGCCACUGUGGACGUUUGCUCUGCCACAAGUGCUCUGUGAAGGAGAUCCCCAUCAUCAAGUUUGACCUGAACAAGCCUGUGCGCGUGUGUGAUAUCUGCUUCGACGUGCUGACUCUGGGUGGGGUGUCCUAACACACACACACCCUGGCACCAUUACAUACUCUCACACACAUACACACACAUACACUCUCCCUGCUGCUGCUGCUGUUGCUGCCACAGCUGCGGAGGGUGCAAGUGAAAGGAGCUGCUCUGCCAUAGAAGGGGCAGGUUGGCACUGCGGGGUGUGACAAGCACCUCUGAAAUGAAGAAGAAAAAGAAGAAGGAAAAAAGAGGCCCUGGACAAAAAAUAUCAACAACAAAUAUAUAUAUGAUGUAUUUGGACCACAACUUCUGUACUAUUCCAGUCUGUCCGAGAGAAAAAAAAACUAUUAAUCAAACAACGUGUAUGUUAUAGCUGUAUGAUUAUUUUAGUGUGUGGCAUCGUCUGGGGAUGGCCCGACAGUAAUGAAGCGGCCUAAGAGAAAGCCGAGAAAGAGAAGAGUAGGCGACGAUAAGGUGAUUUGAAGGUCAUCGCUGAGCCCAAGUAAUCCACUUCAGAUUGUUCAGACCAGGGUCACACAAGGUGACUUUUACAGGAAAGAGAUGGUGGAUAUGUCAAGUAUUUCAGAGACCAAGUCAUGAUUAUGCAUCAACAUCACAUUUUAAGUUUUACAUGAAGCUUUAUUCACCAAAUUAUGUUAUCACACAAUAUAUUGAAGGCCCAGACCAUUUACAGCACUCACAUACAGAAAGGCAGUUCAUCUCAAUCAUGUUCAAUGGUUAACACUUUGGUUAUAAACAGUGAAUUACACUACCCCAGUUGACAAACCCUCACACACAAGUACAAUAUGCCCAUCUUUUUUCCUGUGUGAAACUGGACGCUUUUCUGAAGGAGGGAGGAAUUUCGUAACUUAGCAUUUGGUAACUAUGUUUGGAAGCAAGAAUGCCAAGUUGGAGGGCACAGACUGAUUCAAAAUCUUGUGAAUGUUUUUUGUUGUUGAAAUCCUACACUUUUGAGCCAGUAUUUGGGGUCUUUUGAGAUCACUUCCCAGAGGUGGGGGGUUAGAUUGAGAGGGGGGCGGGUGUUUGAAGGUAGCAGCAUUUUCAUUUUCUUCUGCCCCUUGUUUCAGCAACAAAAUGCAGUAACUGUAACACUUACAUCACAGUUGGAAGUGGGACAACACUAACGCAAUGAACAGCAGUAGUGCAAUUCUGCCUAGUGAUCACUAUGGCCUUCUCUGCCCUGUUUCGCACCUUCUAAUGCAGUCAUUUAAGGAUUAUACACUCAAACUAGCCUUUGUCAUGGAGGGAUGGACAAGUAGCCUCA